AUCGUUAGACGAUCUGCGUUGGCAUGUCAUCGCUUUCACAGUGUUAUUAUUUUUCAAAAACAUAUCAAAUUAAUAGAUAUUGCGAAAGUUAAAAGUUAACGUGCAGUUCUGCGCCGCCUUGGUGGGCGGUGAUGCUGUGCCGAGCAGAUAACGACGAUCGGAUGGUCACAUCAGUUGAAGCGGAUUUAGGAAUUUAAACUCACCGUGUACCAUCAAAAACCAUAUACCGAAAAAUAAUAUAAACUCGAUAUAGGAAACUAAGACGAUGAAUCAGAAGAGAUUCAUGACAAAGUGAAGGGCGGCGCAGGACAAACGGAAUAUCCCUUAGAUAUUUAAAGUGUUUGGAGACUACAAUGCAAAAGUAGGAGAUGGAGGAUGACACGGGGUAUGGAGCAGGAUCUGGGUCGCCCUGCGACUCCCCAAGCAGACUCCGGCAGAGUAUCACAUCGCAGGACUCCCGGGACCAGGUGCAGCAGGGCAUUUUGAUCCAGCUCACCAGCACGGAGGAGGAGUGGGACAGCCCAAGCGAUGGCUGCCUCCUAUUCCCACUGGAGCGAGAUGAUGAGGAGUCUUUGAGCUCCGUGUCUAGGGAGAUACCCCAUCCCAAUGUUGCACCUUCAUCGGACGACCAAGGCCUUCGCUGCCCCAGUUUCCACGUCCCCUUAUCCCCCUCGUCCCCCGGGUCCCUAGGGGAUUUCUGCCUCCCAGCCCCCAACUUCCUUAACCCAAACUCGACCCCAGGCCACAGCAUGGGCACCCCCAUGGCCAAGCCAUUGGUGAACCUCGUCAAGUCCCUGUCCACAGAGGUUGAUUCCAAGGAGGCCUCCCUCAAGGCUAAGCCCUUUCUCAGUCUGGUCAAGUCCAUCUCCACGGAGAUCAGCCUCAGCCAACCAGAAGUCUCCCAGUCCAGGUCGGACUCCAAGCUGAACCUAUACCUCUGGAGGCCGUUUGCCCAGCCGAAGGGGCGCAACGGGGACUCCAGGACAGCUCCGCCUUCGCCCAGCGGCCUCUCUCCCUCGGAGCCCAAGGGCGGCUUCUUUAAAGUGGAGCUGGAGGAUACCCGACGCAAGUUCUCAGAAGCCGUGCAGGAGCAAUUCAGCAUGAUCAGCAAAAUCAUGGGCGAUGAGAACUCCAGCAGCCCUAAGUGUCAGAGGCCAGCUAGACCGUGUGACUCCUCAAGGGGGGUUAGGGAAGGCAAAACAUGUGGGGAUCCCUUUGCUGCAGAGGCUCAGGGCAGGAACGCAAGGAUAAUGGAUGCUGCUAUACUGUCCAAGAGAACUCUACCAAAGCAGUGUCUUUCUUCAGAGCAUUCUGGGACAGUGAGCACCCGGGGCAGGAGAUCUGAAAGGUGCACCAAUGACGAUGCCAUUCAGAGCAAAGAGCAAUCCCAAGGGUUGCUGGGACAGCUGAUGUGCGCACAGCAUUCCCCACCUGUGCCAGAGAAAUGGCUGUUUGCCCUGGCUGUGCUGGCUUACGGCUAUUUUACUCUGCCACUGCCCUCUUAUCUUUCAGGUCUGUCACUUGGCUUAGCUUGUGGCUUCCUUCUGGGACUUCUCCUCAUUCUCCUGUUGGUUCCCCAGCACCCUAUUCAGCCUCAUAAAAAUUUGUCUGUGGAUGAAAACAUUCCACCUGAGAUCUUUGUUCUAGGACAUAAUGACCCAUUGGCUCAGAAGGGCUGGAUGACUCAGGCCCACGUGUACGACCCGGAGACCCACAGCCCGUCCCCCAGCCACUGCGUGUAUGCCACCCUGGAGGGGCCGUGGCUGCGACUGGCCUGCCCCAGCAACAAUAUCCCCCGCUGGGCAGCUUUCAGCGAGCAGCCUUUUGAGGCCGACUUUGUCAGCUCACGCCGCUACCAGCUAGCCAAUAGCAAGGUCUUCCUCUUGCCUUCACUUCUGGCGCGCAAGAGACUGUGGAACAUGAAGUACCCCAUCUGCAUUGUGCUGGCUGAGGGAGAGGAAGGAGAAGAGGAGGGAUCCACAGAGGAGGCCUUUGAAGGAGAGCCAAGAGCAGACAGGCAGGCAGCUCCUUCACAGCCCAGUCAGCCGACUACUCUCUUCCUCUUCGGGAGGACAGGAAGGGAGAAGGAGGAGUGGUUUCAGAACUUCCUGCGUGCUUCCAUGAUGAAGAGCCACAGCGGAUGUGGUUCCCAGUCAGUGAUCCCAAGGUGCCCCUCCUACCCAGGUGUGUCCCCACCUUGUGGCUCCAGUGAACCAGCUUUGAUGCAGUGCACCGAUGGCUCCAGUAGAGGGAGCACUGACGACAUUCCCUCCCAGCUACACAUGAGGGACCUGGCUGUCAGCAUGAAAGAAAAGAUCCUACUGGACUACAGCAAUUACAUGACACGCUUCAUUGUACCAGCAAAUGCAAGCACUCUGCCCAGCCCCUGCCCCAGUAACGAAGGCAGUCCUACUGAGAAGAGGAAGUUGAUCUCUAAGAGUAUGGAGAGCCAUUCCGAAGAACAAAUUGCCUGGAUAAAUGCUCUUAUUGGGAGAAUCUUCUGGGACUUCCUCUGUGAAAAGUACUGGGCAGAUUUGGUGGCCCGUAAGAUUCAGAAAAAGCUGAGCAAGAUCAGGCUGCCGUACUUCAUGAACGAGCUCACGCUCACAGAACUGGACCUGGGCACCUGCAUGCCUCAGGUGACAAACGUCACGAGACCCUCCCUGGACCAGCGAGGUUUGUGGCUGGAGCUGGAUCUGGUCUACACUGGAUCCUUGCAGAUGACCCUGGAGACCAAAAUGAUCCUGUCCCGGCUAGGCAAGGACGGGGGCCUGGAGGCCAACAGCGCACCGGAGCCCGGAGGCUUGACCACGAGGUCCAGGCUCUGUGUCUUGGCUGACAGUGAUGAGGAGUCAUCGAGUGCGGGUUCCUCUGAUGAAGAGGAAGUCCCGCCCUCUGACCUCCAGGGAUAUCAGGGAGAUAGAGGCACACCACCUGGGUCUGAAGGCCAUGGGGGAGGUCGCAAAAGCAGGAAGAUACUAUGGUUUGUUGACAAAAUCACCAAGUCCAAGUAUUUUCAGAAGGCCACUGAAAAUGAGUACAUCAAAAAGAUGAUGGAGGAAGUGUCCAGUACUCCUCUACUGCUAUCUGUGGAAGUGCAGGAGCUGUCCGGGACCCUUGCAAUCAAUAUUCCACCUCCCCCCACGGACAGAAUAUGGUACAGCUUCUGCACUCCGCCCAGACUGGACCUUCGCGUCAGGCCGAAACUGGGCGAGCGGGAAGUGACGCUCGCCCACGUCACCGACUGGAUUGAAAAGAAGCUAGUGGACGAGUUCCAGAAAGCUUUUGUGAUGCCAAACAUGGAUGAUAUUUACUUGCCACUGAUGAAUUCUGCCCCGACCAGUCCUCCAAAGAACGAGCAGAACCCAGCCCAGCCACCUUGUGGGGCCUCUAUGGAAACAUGGGACAAGCCUUGUCAGGAGAGUCCUCCUGAGGGAGAGUAGCGCCCCCCUGUGGUGGCAUGUGUAAAACACGUCUCUGUGGCAGAGUUGUGCCACGCAGUACGACACAAUAAAACUGAGUGUCCUGCACCCCUGAGCAUCAAACUGAGGAGAACAUCAUCGCAGUUUAUAUGGUUCGAGGUACUGUACAGUGCAACAAUUUUAAGAGCCUCAUCUUUUUGCAAUCCAACCCGUUUUAUAAGUUAAAGUAAUGCCUAUUUCAUAUUUAAGCUUUAUGCACUGAUGUAUCCACUAGCUCAUCCAUAUCCCCUUUUGGAAAUGUUUCUAUUCUGCUUAAUCCUACCCAACCCUCAGAGAAAUCUCAGCUCUCAUUAUGGCUCAGAGCCUACAGGCAUUAGGGAUUUACUGCUGCAUUGCAGCAAGAAAAUGAGAAAUAUUUCACAGUAGCCAUUAACUUUGGGAAAGUCAGUUAUUCAUAAAAAAUGUAUUUCAUACUACUUUUAUACAAAACUUUGAAAUGUAUCAGAUGGUUUUAC